AUGGUGACCAAAAGAGUGGCGCGAUACGGUGACUGGGACAGCCCCAUCACGGCUGACACAGUCACCUCCAAGAGCUGGUCCGUCACCUCGCCCCGUGUUCAUCGUGCAUCCGGUCGCGCGUACUUCAACGAGUCCAAGGAAGACGGUCGCAAUGGCGUUGUCGAAAUCACCAGCGACGGACCCAAGGACGUGCUCCCAGCACCCUGGAGCGCCCACAACUCCGUCUACGAGUACGGUGGCUCUCCAUACGAUGUGCUCUUUGACGGACGUAUCAUCUUCUCCAAUAGUGGUGGUGAUACCACCGGCGUCAACGUGCUUGACCCGGAUUCUGGGGAGGUGAAGCCAGUCACAGCAGGUCCUAACCUCCGAUACUCCAACUUCAGCGCGAGCCCGACGAGCACUUGGGUGGUGGCCAUUGAGGAAGACCACACUAUAAACACGCCACGAGAAGUGAAGAACUACAUCGUCGCCAUCAAUGCAGACACCGGAGAAACAAAGAGAGUCGUGCAGGGCGCCGACUUUUACUAUACACCGCAGUUUAGCAAAGAUGGUGCAAGGCUGGUUUGGAUGGAGUGGGACCAGCCCAACCUUCCAUUUUCUGCAAGCAAAGUCUUUGUAGCUGACUGGAGCCCGUCUGCUACCGUCGAGAAUGUGACCCAAAUUGCAGGCAACAACCGCGAGGGCGCAGCUGAGCCUAGAUGGGGUUUGGAUGGAAGCUUGUUUGUGUGCAUCGAGACUGACGGAUUCCGUCAACUUCACCGCAUUGCCCCUGGUCAAGUAGAGCCCUCGCAGAUCAAGCUUAAAGACCUUGAGAGUGCCGAAUUCGGUGAAAUCCGAUGGUUUCAAGGAAGUCACACAUAUGCCCCACUGUCUGAUCGAUAUGUAGCAGCAGCGGGCAUCUUAUUUGGCGAGGCAAAGCUCAUUCUCAUUGAUCUCGAGACGAAUGACUGGAAGCCUAUCGGCCCACCCGGCCUCUGUGCCAUUGCGUUCGAUUCAGUCGCAAGGUUGAAUGAUAACACAGUGCUGGUUAUCGGAGAACAGAAAGCCUCCCCUUCGGCUCUCUACAAGAUCGAUGUGUUGAGUGGAGAGGCUACCACCGUGAGACGAACUUCCGAUGCCGAUCUGGACGAGGGGCUCUUCUCAAAGCCCGAACUUGUCCAGUUUCGUUCGAAAGGCUCUCCUUCCCGGAUGAUCUAUAGCACUCUGUGGAUGCCGCGCAACCCAAAGUUCACGGCCCCAGAUAACACCCUACCGCCGCUAAUCAUUUCAUCCCACGGCGGUCCGACUGGAUAUACGGGCUCUGGGCUGAAAUUGCGCACUCAAUACUUUACAGCUCGAGGCUAUGCCCUUCUUGCUCUGAACUACACCGGCUCCACUGGACACGGACGGGACUACCGCGAGGCACUGUUCCACAAUUGGGGCAUCGUUGAUGCAGACGAUGCUGCCGAGGUCGCCAACCAUCUUGUAGCCGCAGGCAGAGUUGGUAAGGUCGGAAUCGUCGGUGCAAGUGCGGGAGGCUACAACGUACUACAGGCCCUUGUGCGCCAUCCACGCACCUUUGAUGCAGGAUUUUGUGUUUGUGGUGUCAGUGACGUCAAGAAACUCGACGAGUCUACUCAUAAGCUGGAGUCGGAGUACAUGGGGGCUUUGGUCCUCGAUCCCGGCAUGACUGAUGAGCAAAAGGAAGAGAGAUACAAGGAGCGAAGUCCUCUUUUUCACGCGGACAAGAUCGAGUCGCCUUUGUUCCUGCUGCAUGGUAUCGAGGACACAGUGGUGCCCAUUGAGCAAGCACGUCUUAUCUACCAUGCUGUCAAAGACAAGGGUGGAGAUGUUCGCAUCAGGGAGGUGCCUGGAGAGGGCCAUAUGUUUGGCAAACCGGGGAGCCCGCAAAUCUGGCUAAGUGAAGAAGAGACUUGGUGGAAAAGUUAUUUGUUGUGA